CAAUAUAUAUUAAAUCUUUUGAUACAGUAUUAUAAGUUCAACAUAUAUAUAGAUAUAGCUAGUAUUAGUUACUAGCUGUUGCUUAUAUCCUUGCAUGACUAUGGCAAAAUCCAUGACAGAUGUUAGCAUUAAUCUUGCAAUUGUGUUUCUGAUUACUUCAGUAGUACUAACUUUUGAUACAAUUGUGGUGUUUUGUAGUGGAAACAACAGCUCUCAUCAUGUGGUUUGCGUGGAGAAUGAAAGACGAGCCCUUCUGAAAUUCAAGCAAGAUCUAAGUGAUCCUUCAAAUCGUCUCUUCUCAUGGGUUGCUGAUCAAUCAGGAGGGGACUGUUGCGAAUGGGUUGGAGUUGUCUGUAACAAUUUAACAGGCAAUGUCCAGGAGCUCCACCUUCAAAAUCCUUUUCUUGACGCUAUAUUCAAUGUCCAAUAUCUAAGUAAUGAUGAAUAUGAAGCUUUUGAAGCAUCUAUGCUGGGAGGUAAGCUAAACCCAUCCUUACAAGAUUUGAAGCAUCUGACUUACUUGGAUCUUAGCGGCAACAAUUUUAAUGGGAUUCAGAUUCCAAGCUUCAUUGGUUCCUUUGGGAGCUUAAGAUAUCUUAAUCUCUCCUAUGCUAGAUUUGGAGGUGUCAUCCCGAGUCAACUAGGAAACCUCUCUGGGUUGCACUUCCUUGAUCUUGAUGGAGUUUUUGAAGGAGUGAUUCCUCAUCAACUGGGGAACCUCUCCAAUUUGCACUAUCUCAGACUUGGAGUUUGGUAUGAUGGCAAUCUAUAUGCUCACACUCUUGAAUGGAUUUCUGGUAGUUCCUUGUUGCAGCACCUUGAUCUGGAGAACGUGAACCUCAGCAAAGCACAUGAUUGGUUGCAGCAAAUCAACAUGCUCCCUUCUUUGGUAGAGUUACACUUGGUCUAUUGUGGGAUUCAUCACUUUCCUCCUUUACAUAUUCUUAAUUUUACUUCUCUUGCCGUCCUUGAUCUUUCUGAUAACCCUUUUGAAUCCUUCAUCCUACCUGAUUGGCUGCUUAGUCUUCGUGGCCUUGAUCAUCUCAAUUUGAGAUUCUGUGGUUUACAUGAAUCAAUUCCAAGUGGUCUGAGAAACAUCACCUCUCUUAGAUAUCUUGAUUUGUCCUCCAAUCUUUUCAAUUCUACAACACCUGAUUGGCUAUCUAGUUUUAGCCGCCUUGAAUACCUUGAUUUGUCCUCCAAUCUUUUCAAUUCUGCAAUACUUGAGUGGCUAUCUAAUUUCAGUCAUCUUGAAUAUCUUGAUCUGUCAUGGAAUUUGUUCACAGGGGGAUUGCCAAGAUCCUUUGAAAAUCUUUGCAACUUGAAAGUACUCAUACUUUACGAGAAUAACUUGAGCGGUGAUAUACUGGAGAUUUCAAACAUUUUGUCUAGUUGCAUUUUAGAUGAAAUAGAAACUCUAGAUUUAAGCUACAAUAAACUUCGGGGCCAUUUUCCUGAACUUGGAAGAUCUAAAAAAUUGGUCUCUCUUGAUCUAUCUCAUAAUUCUCUUUCUGGUGAACUUCCAGUGUCCUUGGGAAGAUUACAUUCUCUGAAGAAUUUAAAUCUUUAUAACAAUAAUUUGAGUGGACCUCUUCCUGAAAGUCUUGGCCAACUUGCACAUCUAGAAAGUUUUUCUGUGUCACAAAAUUCAUUACAAGGUGUCAUCUCUAAAGUCCACUUUGCCAACCUCACACGAUUGAGGUAUCUUGAUGGAUCUGGGAAUCAAUUGUUCUUGAAUGUUAGUCCAAAUUGGGUUCCUCCAUUCCAACUUGGGGAAUUCUCAUUCAGGUCAUGUCGGUUAGGUCCACAAUUUCCCCAUUGGCUUCACUCACAGAAAAAUUUAGUGAUUCUAGACAUAUCACAUACAGGAAUUUCGGAUACCAUUCCUAGGUGGUUUUGGAACUUAUCAUCUCAGAUUUCCUAUUUAAAUAUUUCUCACAAUCAUAUCCAUGGUGAGAUUGUAGAUGAGUUUUUAGCCGUAUCUGUGCCAUUCAGUGCGAUUGACUUAAGUUCUAACCACUUUAAUGGUACAUUGUCUCGUUUGUCGUCAAAUAUAUCGACACUGGAUCUUUCGAACAAUUCUUUUUCUGGAACUAUUUCUCAAUUUCUGUGCUACAAGAUGGAUGAAUCUAAGAACCUGCAACUUCUUAAUCUGGAAAGAAAUCUUUUGUCAGGAGAAUUGCCAAACUGUUGGACAAACUGCAAUAGCUUGGAGUUCAUAAAUUUAGCAAAUAACAAUCUAAGCGGCAAAAUCCCAAGCUCCAUGGGAUCUCUAGAUUUUCUCGAAUCGUUGCAUUUACGAAACAAUAGCCUAUCUGGGGAAUUACCUCUGUCGCUGCAAAAUUGCACAAGGUUAGUGGCUAUUGAUUUUGGUGAAAAUGAAUUUUCAGGAAGUAUACCCACGUGGAUAGGAGAAAGGCUUUCAAAUCUCAAGAUUCUUAUCCUAAGAUCAAAUAAGUUUCAAAGCCAUAUUCCUAAGAAACUUUGUGCACUCAGUUCACUUCAAAUCUUGGACCUUGCACAUAAUAAUUUUUCGGGAAGUAUACCAGCAUGUUUCAUGAAUUUGAGCGCUAUGGCCAUACAACAAAAGUCAAGCAGAAGAAUGUCAUACUGGCCUAAUUCUACCACUUCAUCCUCUUUUGAAGGUUUUUUAGAGAAUGCAUUGUUGGUAAUAAAAGGACAAAUGAUGGGAUAUAGCACUAUUCUUCAACUAGUUACGAGCAUAGAUUUUUCAGAUAACAAUUUAUCAGGAGAGAUCCCUGAGAAAUUGACGAGUCUCCGAGGGCUUCAUUCAUUAAAUUUGUCAUAUAAUCUUUUGACAGGAAGAAUUCCAAAGGAUAUUGGUGCUAUGGAACAACUAGAAGCCAUUGAUUUCUCCAUGAAUCAUCUUUUUGGUGAAAUCCCUCCAAGCAUGUCCAGUUUGACACUCCUAAGUUACUUGAACUUGUCCUACAACAAUUUGAGUGGAAAAAUACCAUCUAGCACUCAACUUCAAAGUUUUGAUGCAUUCAGUUAUGUUGGAAACAGUUUAUGUGGACCUCCUGUAAAUAACAACUGCGGUGUUAACGAUACACCAUGUGCUAUUGAAAAUGGAGCAGACAAAACAGGCCAUAGAUUUGCAGUGGACUGGUUCUAUGUUAGUAUGGCACUAGGAUUUGUGGUGGGCUUUUGGGGUGUAGUUGGUCCAUUUCUGUUUAACAAGUCAUGGAGAUUCGUAUGUUUUCAGUUCAUGGAUAAUAUCUGGUAUAGGUUUCAUAGCGUUAUAUGUUCACGUGGAUGAUACAGCAACAUAAAUAAAAAUUGUGAUCUUUAUUAAUCUGUAA